AUGCAAAGGCAGCUGGGCCGAAGGCUGAAGGCAGCGGAGCCUGCGGCAAAGGCGGAGGCAGCACCAGCGGCGAAGGCAGCGGAAGGCGAGGCAGCAGCAAAGGCAGCCGCUCCUGGGGAUGCGAAGGCAGCUGGGCCGAAGGCUGGUCCCGGUUUGCUGCCGAAGAAGUCUAUGAGUGUGUUGCCUAAGAAGGCGGUUCCAGUUUCGGCGAAGGCGGAGACAGAGGUAUCCGGAGGGAAGGUGAAGACUGCGGAUAUUGAAGACGGCGCGACCGCGUCUCUUUCUGGAGGACAGAAGGUCCUUGGCUCUGGUGAGAAGUAA